CACUUCUCCUGUUGUGACGUCAUCAAGACCUUCCACUAGCACGGAGACAACAAUUGUGCCACCUAAAACAACCGAAGGACAACCUAAAACAUCUCAAACAGCUCCAAUAACCACUCAAAAACCAUCCACAACAGAGAAAACUGUGACUGAAGCAACAAAACCACCAAUGGAGAAAACCACUGGUCCAGUUAGUGAAACAUCAUCCACAACUCCAAUUUCAGAAAUCACAAGUUCAACAACAGAAGCAGAAGUCACUACUCCAGUAGUACCACCUAAGACUUCCACUUCUCCUGUUGUGACGUCAUCAAGACCUUCCACUAGCACGGAGACAGCAAUUGUGCCACCUAAAACAACCGAAGGACAACCUACAACAUCUCAAACAGCUCCAAUAACCACUCAAAAACCAUCCACAACAGAGAAAACUGUGACUGAAGCAACAAAACCACCAAUGGAGAAAACCACUGGUCCAGUUAGUGAAACAUCAUCCACAACUCCAAUUUCAGAAAUCACAAGUUCAACAACAGAAGCAGAAGUCACUACUCCAGUAGUACCACCUAAGACUUCCACUUCUCCUGUUGUGACGUCAUCAAGACCUUCCACUAGCACGGAGACAACAAUUGUGCCACCUAAAACAACUGAAGGACAACCUAGAACAUCUCAAACAGCUCCAAUAACCACUCAAAAACCAUCCACAACAGAGAGAAUUGAGACUGAAACAACAAAGCCACCAACAGAGACAACCACUGGUCCUAUCAUAGAAACAUCAUCCACAACUCCAAUUUCAGAAAUCACAAGUUCAACAACAGAGGCAGAAGUCACUACUCCAGUAGUACCACCUAAGACUUCCACUUCUCCUGUUGUGACGUCAUCAAGACCUUCCACUAGCACAGAGACAACAAUUGUGCCACCUAAAACAACUGAAGGACAACCUAGAACAUCUCAAACAGCUCCAAUAACCACUCAAAAACCAUCCACAACAGAGAGAAUUGAGACUGAAACAACAAAGCCACCAACAGAGACAACCACUGGUCCUAUC